AUGGGAGAGGUGGCAUGCCCCGUACAUCCGGGAGACACAUGGAUGAGCUCAUUCAUCCUCUUCUUAAAUCAGGGAACCCUUCCAGAAAACCGAGCCGAAGCAAGAAGGAUCCAGCGCAAAGCAGUUCGGUACGCGCUCCGUGAUGGGGAGUUGUACAAACGGUCAUACCUUGACCCGUGGCUGAGGUGCAUUACGCCCGAGGAGGAACGCCAAGUCCUCCAUAAGAUACAUGAAGGCCUAUGUGGGGUUCACGUCGGCUACAGGAUGUUGGCCAAGAAAACCCUGCUUCCCGGGUAUUUCUGGCCUUCCGUUCGACAAGAUGCCCAAAACCUUGUUCUCGACUGCGCUUCCUGCCAGGAAAUUGCUGUGAAGAUGGAGUAA